AUGGUAAGCCCAAGUCCAACGACAAAACAUCGUCAACCGUCCAGCGGCUCCCGCAGCCCUUCAACGGUCUCCCUGCUGGGACCAGAGGCACGGGGCAGCCUGAGCCUCUCUCGACUGGACUCGCCGGUCACGACUCUGCGACCGUCGACUCCAACGUAUGGUGCCGGGGACAGGUCGAGCACAAGGUUGGAUUUGAGUCGCACGGACCUCAUGCACGGCUUGUUGGAUGUGGGUGAGACUGAGAUCUCGUCGCUGCGCUCCAGCAUCGAGGAGCUGCGGUCGUCUGUGCGCGAUCUGCAGCGGCAGGCGAAGCAGGAGGUCUUCGAUCAGAUUUCCGGAGAAUGUUCAGGCGCUGCUGCUGCAGAUUAUGCCAUUUGGGGGAGUUUAGAGGACAUUCUUCUGCUCCUGGGGGCGACGAUGGACUUCGAAGCGGUAGAGGAUCGGCUCACCUCGAUUUCCGUGGUCGUGGUGACCUCUGCUCUUCAGGAGUAUCAGCAACGAGUUCUGUGGGCAAAGCAAAGCUGGGCACGUGAUUGGCCGGAGAUCCUCUUCGUAGCUGGCGCCUUGGGUGCCAACGUGUCCCUGGGCAUAGAAUCUUUGCCGUGCAGUGAUGAUGAGGAGCGUGGAGUCUGCUGCAAGACCAUCCUGGGCCUGAAGCUGGCUCUAAAGCGCUUCCCGGAAGCCCAGUGGAUUGUGCGAGCAGUCGAUGACACCGUGGUCUUUCCAGAACAAUUAGCAGCCGAGUUGCAGGUCUUCGAUGCCCGGCGUUUUGUGUACGUCGGUGCCCCAUCGAUCACUCUCCUGUGCCAUAUGGCAAAGUUUGCCAAGCAGUGCGGGGAGCUUCAUGCGGGUGGAGGAGGUGGCAUUGUACUGAGCCGACCCCUGGCCGAGUUUCUCCUGAACCUCGAGGACUUGUUUCUCAAGCUUUGCAGGCAUGACGAUGCUUUUCUGGGUCACUUGCUCCGCUACGUGCUGGACGUCCAUGUUAUGGCCCUGCCCGGAAUCCUGCAGGAGCCUCGUUUUGAGCAGCUUCGCUGGUCUGGACCCGGGCUACCACCUCGAUGCCCGUUGCCACUACCCCCUUCAGUCUACUCUCCUAUGGAGGAUUGGGGGCCCCUGCAACCAUUCGCCCCAACGGACGCGGCACGGUUGGGUCUUGUCCAUGCAGAUCCUGCAACAUGGCCGCUCUUGGCAGCGCUUCCGGAGCUGGUGGAGGCCGCGUCGAAGCAGGGCCUGCGCCUGCUCGUCUACGCUGACUCGCAGGGGCAUCGCAUAGUUUACCCCCAUUUUCGUGGAGCCACGACUCUUGCCGUGUGUUCCUAUGAGCAUGCGGAGAGGCUGCUGUCUUUCCAGGCAUCUGUGGCAACUCAGGAUUCCUGA